GCCUGUGGCUCGAGAGCGGUUAUUUAAAGGAAAGGAAACCAAAACUUGCCUGUGAAUCUCUGGAACCACACUUCACUGUGGCCUCCUCCUUCCACUCCAAGGCUGCUGUUGCAAAAUUCAAACACAUAAACCAUCAUAACUAAUUAACGACUGCUUCGUGUUGUUUUCCGGGAGCUGUUCUUUUUGUUCUUGAAACGGCUACACAUCCGAUUCUCCAAUCAAAAUAAAGAGGAUGUCGUCAAAUACUGAACCUACCAAUACAAACAUAAACUCGAGGAUUACGUCGGAAGGGUGCAGUGUUUUGCUCGACAUCAACGAUGGGGACCGUCUCGUUUUUGCUCGACUCUCUGCUGCCGCGAAGUUGAAAAUUGGGAAUAAGAACUGCUCUCUGCGGCCUUUAAUCGGGUGUAGCUAUGGUUCUCUUUUUCAAGUUGAGACUGGACCUGACGGCCCUUUGUUGGCUCCGGUUACUCCUUCAGUCCAAGGCGAUGAAACUGAAGAGAAAAGGGGCAAUCAAUUAAAUGUUGAGGCCAAGGACAACCGGGCACUGAUUGACAAUAACAAAGCCCAAACCCUUACUGGUGAAGAUAUACAAGCUAUGAAGAGUCAGGGGGCCAGAGGUGAUGAAAUUAUUGAUGCUCUUAUUGCCAAUAGUGCAACAUUUGAAAAGAAAACAUCUUUUUCACAGGAGAAAUAUAGACUUAGGAAGCAAAAGAAAUAUGCACCAAAAGUAUUACUGAGGCGUCCUGUUGCUCGAAGUAUAUGUGAGGCCUACUUUAAGAAGUAUCCAGCAAAAAUUAGGUUCAUGCGUGUGGAUACAUUAUCUCUUCUACUCUCCAUGGCUAAUGUCUCUUCCCACUCGGACAUUCUUGUUGUUGAUAUGGUUGGUGGCCUUCUUACUGGUGCUGUGGCAGAACGUUUAGGAGGUACAGGUUUUGUAUGCAACGCAUAUCUAGGAACAGCGCCAUAUUCCAUGGAUAUUGUGAGGAUAUUUAACUUUAGCACUGAAAUUUGCAAGAGAAUUGUUCGGUCUCCCAUUUCUGAUUUGCUGUCACAAAAAGAAUCACCUGAACAAAUUCUGCAUCGUGAUGAUGUUUGUAACAUGGAAAGCCUGGCAAAUAAUCAAAUGUCAACAUCAGUUGGUGUGGAUGAAAUCUCUGAUCCAUCAAGAAAUGAAAUUUCUGAUCAGGGUGCUGAGAAAGUUGAGAAUACCAAUAUCCCACCUGUAAGAGCAGGCAAAUCCACAAAGGCUGGAGAAAGGGCACAACAAGAAACCAUUAACGUGUGGAAAGAAAAUGGUUUUUCUAGCUUAAUUAUUACUGCGCCAGAUCUGGAUACCUGGACAUUGGUUAGAGACCUCUUGCCCCUCUUAUCAAAUUCGGCUCCCUUUGCUAUUUAUCAUCAAUAUCUUCAGCCGCUUGCGACUUGCAUGCACAAUCUACAGGUUGGGAAAAUGGCCAUUGGUUUGCAAAUAUCAGAGCCUUGGUUACGUGAAUACCAGGUCCUUCCAUCAAGAACUCACCCGUGCAUGCAAAUGAGCGCAUUUGGUGGAUAUAUUCUUAGCGGCACUAAAAUAUGCAGCAGCUAAUUCCAGCCCUCUGGAACGUGCAUGUCCUCCUCGUUUGUUGACCGGCCAAAGCCUGCCUGCUGGAUACGUGGUCUUUUCCAUUGUUUUUAACAGCCUGUGCCGCUUCAACUGUCGUAAGAUUUUUCAUUCCAGCCUGCAAGUGCAAUAUCAUUUUUCGCGUAAUUUUUCUGAUUAUGUUAAGGGUUCACAUUAUGUUAAGGCUUGAGCCCUUGAUCACUACUACCUACGGCGCACUUCACUUUUGGCCUAUAAGAUAGCUAUGGGUGGUUAAAUUAUACUUGUGUAUUUUUAUAGCAUUGUAUUUUAUGAUGAUUUUAUUUUUUUAAUGUUAAAUAAUAUCAUAGUCUUUCCAAUUUGAAGAAAUUUUUUAAUGUAUUUGUUGUUAGAAUUUUCAAUGAAAAUGUGUGGAAUAAUGAUAAAUUUUA